AUGGAAGGCAUCUGGCCCACCCUCUUAUCUGUUGUUGAGGAUGAUGACGCCACCGUUCACGUCCGACGCCAUCUCACCGCUGCUCUUGGAAUGCCAAUAGCUACUGUGGGCAGUGGGGAUGCGGAUGCCCAGGGUAGCGUCACCUUCUUCUUUCACGAAAACCGCGACAAGAACGGCAACCCGAGUAACAAGGUCUUUGGUGUCAGUAACCAUCAUGUCCUCCGUACGACUGAUGAGAAGUAUGAAUUGAAAGGCGCCGGCGCGCCUCGUCAAGGGGUCCUUGACGAGAUCAAGCAUACCGUUACCCUUCAUAUCUUGUCUUCAGAGAGGAUCGCCAGGAAGAUUACUUGGCUGGAAGAAAGUAGCAACCAGGGGCGAGCGGAAGGCGAAUCUAGAAAACUUCUUACCUCUCAAAAGGAGUUGGAAGAACAGAAAUGCAUCAUUUCCGAGCUCCACAAGUUUUACAAUACAGUCAUGGCGCAGUGGAGCGAUGUUGAGCUCCGUAACAUUGGUCAUAUCCAUUAUUGUCCGCCAAUCUCCAUCAAUACUGUCAAGGGCGAGGAGUAUACCGAGGAUUGGGGGGGUAACGUGGUGGAUCUCGGGACUGAGAUCUCAGACGGCAAACUAUCGGAUAUGCUAUACUCUUUGCAGAAGGGCAACUGGAAUUUCAAGUAUCCCCAUGACCGACAGAUGAGAAUCAGAGGUGUAGUCACCAAAGAGCUCCUGGAUAGAGCAGACAUGAUUGACAACAAAGGGCGGCCCUGUCUCAUCGUCCUCAAAGAUGGCUGCGCUACCGACCUCACCGUUGGACGCUAUGCUGGACUAGAGUCAUUUGUUUGCGGAGAAAAUGGCGUUGUGUCCACCGAGCUCGCUAUCUACGCUUAUGAAAGCACCUCAGGCCGCUUCUCAGCUCAUGGAGAUUCCGGUUCCCUCAUUUUCGACGGUAAUGGCCGCAUGGUUGGUCAACUCCACUCUGGAGAAUCAAGAGCCGGAUUAAAAGGUGUCUAUGUCACCUAUGCUACACCUGCCUGGUGGCUCGUUUCUCGCAUCAAGGAGAGGUAUCCGCACGCUGACUUCAACCGCACUGUCUGGUAA